CACUGGAGAGCUUUUGAAAAAGGAAAUAAUGUCUCAUGCGAAGUCCCAGGCUCUGAAGAAAAAUAGAAGCGCCUUAAAUGUUCCAGAACCAUUGAAACAUUGUGAUCCUGGCUCACUUACGUGUAUCGCUGUCAAGCCAAGAGUUUCCCAUUGUGUUGUUGGUGUGACAAUUGGAAAUCAAGAAACGAGAUCACCCUCAAAAGUUGGGAGCAAUCCCAUCAUGAUAGAAGGAAAAGCACAUGCAUCCUUAGGUGAAGAUAAUAAUUUUCUGGGGACGUUAAAAACCCUGCAAAAGGAAAAUCUGCAACUCAGAGGUACCCUAAAAGAAAAGGAUGCUAUAAUAUCAAGACUGAUGAAAAUAAUUGAUGACCAGGUCACCAAGUAUAACAGAGCAAUUGAACUAGAAAAGGAACAUCAGAAAGAGACUGAAAGGCAGCUGCAGGAAUCAGAGGAUUUAGUCAAGGAACAGGUCCAGUUGUUCAAUGAAACUACAACACAUUACACAAAAAUAAUUGAAGAACAACACACACAGCACGCAGAGCUGAUGUCUGAACUGAAAAAACAGAAUGAGGCCGAUAUAUGGUGCAAAGAAGAAAAGAUUGCCAAGCUAAAGCAAUAUAUUUCUGAUACGUUCCAAGAAAAAUCCCGGGAACAUCAACAACAGAUUGAUGAACUAAUGAGGGAAAUAAAUACAUUCACAGAGAAACCACAGAUUCUUAAAACAAAACUGGAAAAAGAAACCGGUUCAAAAAAGCUUACGGGCCAGCGUUUGCAAGGCAUACCAGAAGCACUCCAUGGUGCAGAAUUGUCACUGCCAGAGUUCCUGACCCACACACCGGCCCCUUUGCAAGUAGUGGGGACCGGAUAG